AUGUCGGUAUCCAGUUUUGACGGUGAUGAAAUUCCAAAUCCAAAAAAUGCCAUGGUUAUACCUAAAUCAUCUGUCAGCCAAAAGGAGAAAAAUGAUCAAGCAACUGCAAGUGAUGAUUCAAGUGACGAUGAACAAAUGGAAGUAUCGGAUAACGAUCAGCCAUCAUCUUCAUCGCGACCGCUUAAUGUUAAAAAUCCGACCAAUGAACAAGUUGAAAAUCUAACUGCGGACACAAUGGCAAAACAUCCGCCAGUGGAUCCAAAAUUGAAAAAGAUUGCAAAAAAAAUUAUGCUUCACAAUUCGGUGGUGUUCGCUCAGGCCGACAUCACUCGCAUAACGACACAUGGUGUUGAAAGAGACAAAGCAAAAGAUAUGCUGGUUGCUGCUCAAUUACUAGGACAAGCUGAUUAUUUCGUGUCAAGAAGCAAUAUUGGCGGCAAAAUAAAAGAAACAAAACAUUCAGGAUAUCUCAAGUAUUUUCCGAAAACAGAUUCAAGCGACGAUAAAGAAAAUUUUAUUUCGAAUUUGAGAAGACAUACCGAUCUCAAGUGGAGUGAAUAUGUCGAAUCGUAUACAAAGCACCAUCCAAAUUGCGUGUCAACUGGUAAUUCAACGUGGAAAAUCACGGAAGAAGUUGCUGCAUUAUUAGAUGUUGAUUAUUAUUAUGCGCAACAUGUGCGUUACGAUCGAGCAACAUGUGUAUUUUCUCCAAUACAGCAACAACCGUCGCUUGUACCAGCCACAGGAAAACUUGAUGUUUUUCAUGAAAAAAAUAACAAACGUAACCAAAAAGCCUCACAAAAACAAAAACCGGCGAAUACACGAUCAGGUAAACAACAGCAAGAUGAAGACGAACCACAAGAAGACGCAAGAAAACAAUCAAGCACAAGCAGCGUGAUAGUUUUUCGAAGUCGAAAAACAAAACGAACAAAGAAAGCAUAA